AUAUAGAAGUGAAAACAAGACAGAUCACGAUCAAGUAAGUUGAGCUCCUACUACUUCCUGUUAGUAAUGGUUUGUAAUUAACAUUUCUGAACACAUACUACUGUUAUACGAGGAUGUCACAGAUCUGCUGAUUCAGUAUCGUGGAGAGUGUGUGACUCAUACUGGUAAAUGGAAAAAGCUAUUAGAUGAAUGUACGGAACGUGUAAAUGCUAAAGCCAAAACUAAGGAAUCAUGUCACUACGAGAUGGUUGAUUAUAUACAAGCUCUUGAUCAUUGUGCUAUGCCGAAAACGUUUGCAACAUUGAAAUAA